GGGCGACAGCCUGUAAACUAAGCAAGUCUCCUUGCACUGAGCCAAAGGGUUUGUGCACCCAGAACCAGUUUUAAAUACUUUUUAAAAAUAAAGUGUUUGGACUGUGCAACGCUGGAACAGAAUCAAAGGAAAGGUUCUAAAUCUAUGCAGCUUUUAAAUGGAAGCCUAGUUGAAGUGAGGGUUGAGAGCUGCUCUGGAAAUCAGAGCCAUGAAGAGGUAGGAUGAUUUGCGCUGCUACUCGUCUGGAUGCUCCUUCAGCUGUGCUCCUCAACAAAACUCCCUCAGCCAAACACCACUAGGCAAUUAUACGGAACCAGCAAGAUGAACAAAAACAAACUGAUUCAUGAUUUCCUGGAAGUGGUUUCCAGGGGAGAUGUGGAAUGCAUCUGUGGCCAUAUUCCUGAAGUCCACUCAGUCCUUGGGAACCUUGACUUUCAGCACCCGCAGACUGGAAAUACGCCUCUCAUUACUGCAGCAGAAGAAAAUCUAUCAGAGGUUGUUGAGAUUCUUCUAGAGAGGGGAGCAGAUAUCACCCUCUGCAAUUACAGCAAUCAAACUGCCAUCCACGUGGCCAAUGGUGACACACGAAGACAGCUCUUGGCAGGCAAGAGAAUUCAAGACCCCCAAAUGCAGCUGCUAAGAAGUUCGUGGCAAGGGGAUCUCGAACAGCUCCAACACUUGCUGGCAUCUGAAGAGUUCCUGGAUAUAAACUUCCCAAACCUGCAUGGCCUGACCCCUCUGAUGCUGGCUGUGAGAGAUGUGGACCUAUUUGAAAGUCUGGAUAUAUUAACAGUCUACAAACCUGCGGAAGUUCUAGCUGAGCUCCUCAGGCAUCAUGCAGAUCCUAAGCUUUGUGACUUCAGUGGCAAGUCAGCAAUACAUUAUGUGUCACAAAUUGAAAGUUGGAGGAAGCAGCAGCUAUUGGACAUCCUGAUGAAUUCUAUGCCCAAACCAGAAAGACAUGUGGAGUCACUGCUUGACAUCUGUCAUGAGACAAGCUCUUCUUCAAUGGAUGUGACAGUUUCCAAAACUGAAAACAUCAUCUUGCAGAGCAUCAGCAGCAGUGAGGUGACUUCAGUGCAUCAGGAGUGGGGACAGGUGCGUCCUGUCUCUCCACCAAAUGAAGUGGAGAUGGUGGGCCUCACAGCAAGACCUUCAUGUCUGAGGAGGGAAGGAAGUUCUGAGGAACUCCGUGGUAUGGAUGCGGCCCUCUUACCGAGACCUUGCUUAGACCCAAGUACUGCUACGUCUGUAGCCAGGGAGGAGGCUCCCUGUGUUCUGAAAGCGCAGCAAAGGAAACCAGAAGAGUUUCCUGCUUCUGACGUGAGACACAGUAGUCGAAGAAUUGAGUUUCCUCUGCCGUCACUAUCACUCUUGCCCAUGAGAUCUUGUGUCCUCGAUAUGGAAAAAAGUCACAAGUUCCCAAGACACAAUGACAGAAAAAUCCCAAGGUUCACCACGUCUGUACCUAAGCUCUUAGAGCCUCUUAGUCACUCAGUUGACAUUAGCUCAUCAGAGAACCAUCAAGAAGUCACGUGGAAGGGACCAGCGGAACAAAGCCUCAGGGUGUCUGACAGUGCCAUUUGGUCUAGAAACAUGUGCUCUUUCCAGAAGGUGAACCGUCCCAGAAAACAGGGGGGAGCGGUGGAGGGUUGGCGAUCCCAGGCAAUGGAAGGAUGGGACAAAACCGAAACCGCUUGCUUUGAAGAAGGGCCAGUAUUGGUUUCCUGUGAGAAGGUCACGGAAGGCAAUGUUCCCAUGGAGAGGGGAAGGGAUAGUGAAUGCCAUGAUAGUGAAAUGAGGAAAGGGGGUGAAAUCUCCCAGUAUCCUUCAUCAAGAAAAGAAGAGGGUUCAACAGCCAGAGCGCUUGAACAAGAUUCCGAAGCUGUGUACACCACUCUCCACAAGCUCCAGGAAGCCUCAAAUGCAGAAAUAAUCCCAACCAAGGAAAAAGAGAUCAGAAAUGAGACAGUUCCUGAUUCCGAAAGCAAUUCUUUACACGAAGCUGGAGCAACGGAGCCACACGCUACGCAAGAGGAGUUUAGAGUUCUAAAGGACAUAUCUAGUAUGAAUUCCGACGGCUCCACGGAAGAGCUUCUAGAAGACCAUAAAGACACAGAACAGAACAAAAAGAUAUCAGUAGAGGAAUCAAUGAGGCCGGCAAUGAAUGGUAUGGUGCCUCUUGUCCAAAUCCCAUUCCCUGGAGAAGGAACACACAAGGAGUCAGUUACAGCCAAAGCAAACCUCCAAAAGAGAAAGCGCACUGUGCAGAACAGCAGUAGCCUCAGCACGCUUGCUCAACAAGAACAGGACAAACUCCAGACAAAUACUCAUAGAACCAAAUUGGAUUCAAGGACCAAGGCAAGAAACAGACCACCUCCUAAUCUCACAGUUUCCAUCCAAGCUUCCAUUAAACCCAACAGGCAUAAAAGCAGCAUAAAACCUCAAGUUUUCCCUGCUUUGGAAAACAUGGACCCCAGACUUCAUCCGUCACCUAAGUUUCAAAGGAGAGCGCCUCCAACAGAAAAGAAGAAAUCAAUGCAUCAGACCCAGAACUCUAAGAAGCAAGCAUUUCCUCGAAUCUGUAAAAACUCGGGUAUAAAAAAGCCAUGUGUUCCCCUCUUGGCUGAAACAACAGAUCCAAGACUGCAUUUCCUGGACUUGAAGUACAGUGACAUGUUCAAAGAAAUCAAUUCAACCUCCAAUGGACCAGGAAUCUACGAGAUGUUUGGGACCCCCAUUUACAGUCACAUUCGAGAGGCAGAAAGGCAUGAACACAGAUAUUACCAUGAAAUAUGCGCAGCUCCACUGGGCAGAUGCAUCCCCGGGAAAUGUCAGUCUUCCCAAAGUGACCGGGGCAGCAAUAGCAGAGUGAGACUUCUUCAGAAGAGGCCACACAUUAAAGCUGCCAAGCCUUCACUUGGUCUCAAGCAAAAGCACAGAGGGUUGAUUUCUAAAGAAAGGGGUUGCAGGACUACAGGUAGCUGCAGGGAGGAUGGUGUUUCAGAACCAGACUGGCCAGUUAGAUCAUCAGGAAAUGACUUUCUGUCUCCCAAAGAUGAAGUUCAGAUCACCAACUUGACGCCGAUCCCUGAGCAAUCCCCUGAACAGAAAGAGACCCCUCCUGUCUCAGAUCUAUACAUUGUUGAAGACAUCGUCACAGAGGAGGAUGCAGAUGAGGGAGGCAAUUUUACCAGUGACAUACUUACCCAAAGCCUUGGAGAUCUAAAAGGACUUGGAGAGCUGCACCAGCAGACCCUGCCUGUCCCUUCAGAAAACAGCUGGGCUGUGGUGCUCAGUGACAAGAGUUCAGGCAAGCAUGUGUCACCAGAAAAGCAGGACACAGAACCUCUUGACAAAGUCAAUGUUGACCAGAUGCUCAUGGAUUACCUAGAAUUCGAUAGCCUUUCAGAUAAGUCUAAAACACCCAUGACCUUUCCGAGUUUCUCUUUCUACGAGAACCCAGAAAGUGCACCUUCCCCUACAGAGCAGCACUGGACACGUUCUUUGGAUCAGGACAGCUUAGAAAAUAACUCUGUGACAUAUCAAACAUAUGGAAAGAUUUCCAGAGAAAUCUUAGAUCCAGUAAAAAAUGAAGAAUUGACAGAUGAGUUGCUAGGUUGUCUGGUUGAAGAACUAUUAGCACUUGAUGAGACAGAUAAUAGCUCUUGCCAAAUAAUGACAAAUGAGGCAGAGGCCGAAAACCUGAACCUUGUCUUCAGUAGGAGAGGCAAUACCAUCGAAGAAUUGGACAGAGAGACAACAAAUGUCAAACUACAGAGGUGUAUUAAUGGAUUCAGGAUAUAUGACAAGGAAGAAAACUUUCUUAACUCAAAUGAAAAGAAGACGCUUUCUGACAAGAGUUUACGACACGAGGAGGCCAUAUUCUGGACCAAGGGUGAGAUCCUUGGGAGAGGAGCAUAUGGCACAGUUUAUUGUGGGCUUACUAGCCUAGGACAGCUAAUAGCUGUGAAGCAGGUGGCCUUGGAUAUUUCUGAUAAGUUGGCUACUGAGAAAGAAUACCGGAAACUGCAGGAGGAAGUGGAUUUGCUGAAGGCGCUGAAGCAUGUAAAUAUAGUGGCUUAUCUAGGGACAUGCUUGGAGGAGAACACGGUGAGCAUCUUCAUGGAAUUUGUUCCUGGUGGCUCCAUCUCUAGUAUUAUAAACCGCUUCGGGCCCCUGCCCGAGAUGGUGUUCUGUAAAUACACAAGGCAGAUCCUGCAAGGUGUUGCUUAUCUCCAUGAGAACUGUGUGGUCCAUCGAGACAUCAAAGGAAACAAUGUCAUGCUCAUGCCAACUGGGACAAUAAAGCUGAUUGACUUUGGCUGUGCCAAGCGUCUGGCCUGGGCAGGCUUAAAUGGAACUCACAGUGACAUGCUGAAGUCCAUGCGUGGGACCCCAUACUGGAUGGCCCCUGAGGUCAUCAAUGAGUCUGGCUACGGAAGAAAAUCAGAUAUCUGGAGCAUCGGCUGCACUGUGUUUGAGAUGGCCACCGGGAAGCCUCCUCUGGCUUCCAUGGAUAGGAUGGCAGCCAUGUUUUACAUUGGAGGCCACAGAGGCCUAAUGCCUCCUCUACCUGAACGGUUCUCAGAAUCUGCUGCAGACUUUGUGCGCUUGUGCCUGACCAGGGAUCAGCAUGAGAGACCUUCUGCUCUCCAGCUCUUGAAGCACUCCUUCCUGAAGAGAAGCCAGUGAGCAUGCACCAGCUUCCCACUCUAGGCUCCCCACCCCCACUCCCGGCUCUGCUGUGGGGAAUGAUGGUUAAGGGACUUAUUUUCCUAUUAUAAAUCCAAACUAGUCCAAUUUAACCAGAUCCUGCAGCAUUAUUGGAAAGUUUUAGUUACAUACUGACCUUAAACUCCAGGGAUGGCUGUCUAUUUGCAUGAGAAGAAACUUUAAUAAUUUUUAAAACCCCACUCCAGUGUUUACAAUUUUGAUUGCCUAAGAACUGUCUCUAUUGCUUUAUAUGCUUCUUUUAAUUUUUUGAACAGGGUCUCACUACAUAGCCCUGGCUGUCCUGGAACUCACUAUGCAGACCAGGUUGACAUCAAAAGCACAGAGAUCUGCCUGCCUCUAACUUGGAGUGCUGGGAUUAAAGGCCUGUACCACCACAUCUGGUGUAAACUUCUUUCAAUUUUAAUAGUUUAAAAUAAAUCAUACACAUUUUGCCUGAUAA